GUAAAGCAUGCUUUCGCCUCCUCAGCCGCCAGGCUGCAAAGUAUAAGCCUCGCAAACCUAAGCACACCCUGGUGUCUUUACGUCUUCACGAUCUACUGUCCGUCAAGCUCGUGUCAUUCUGCGAGCAAACCUGCAUCUGGUUCACUUUUUCUACAGACCCCGUUGUGCCCCCUCUUCUCAUCCCAUUCAAUUUGGAGCGCACGUCGAUCCAUUGGCGUCACAGGAUCGCUGUUUGCGACUGAAGCACUGAAUCUCUCAAGUCAAACGUGUUUCCAACCCCACCUUGACGAGACAAACAAGCAUGACCUUCCUUCAAGCAGCCGUGGUAGCGCUCGUAAUUUCAGCAGCUUCGGCGCCUGUGCUGGCCCAAGGAGUCGGCGGCGCCGGUCCCCCUGCUCCCAGCUUGACCGUCACCGCCGCCACUGGCACCUGGAAGCCGGUUGCGCCCACCAGCGGGGCUGGCGCUGGUCUUGGCACCGGCUCGCUCUCUGGUAUGGGCAGGCAGGCUUACAUCAACUCAGCCACUGACUUUUGCCUCUUCUUGCCCCCUAACCCGGUGCAGGAUGACUUGGUGCAAGCGGAGGCGGAUGCUGUAGCAUAUUGCAUUAACGCUUUCAACGGCACGCGCCCCAUGCCGGACGGCUUCAUCACGAGCGCUCACUUCCGGAAAACGGAUCACUACGUUCAAGUCGUUGGCACAUUUAACCCGGCAGUCAUGAAUCUGGACGUGCAAGACUGUGGCGGCGAGUACGACAACCACGGUGCACAAGGUGUUGGCAACCCAGUGGGCGCGGCCAUCAGUGGUGCCAACAACUUUUUCCAGUUCAUUGGCUCUUGCGAUAUCCCUGGUCAGAGCACCUUCGGUAUUCGAGCCUGCAGCGGUGAUGCAGGGACCUCUUACUCCUACUGCAACAACCGGUACGACCUGAUGGGGUUGCUCUUUGUGAUGCCGGACAACGACAUCGCCAACGCAGGCUUUACGAACUGCGACGCCACGGACCCGUUGCCGGUGGGCCACUACCCGGGCGGCUCGACCUUCCAGCAAGGCGACAGCUCGACACCCGAUGCGUCCCAUUACCCGCCGGCGCCCUCGUCGUCCAACUGCCAGACCGUAUCGCCUCCCACCUCAAGCGGUGUGACGUACACAUGGAAUCAGGCUGCAGGCGCAGUGGCGGUCGCUACUGGUGGCAGCAGCGGCAGCGCGAGUGCUGCUGCUCACACCAGUAGCCCCGGAUCGGGCAAGGACAGCGGUGCUGCUCACACGCACACGUCUGGAUUCGUCACUGCUCCAGCGCAGGCCGUCAUCGCGCUGAGCGCCGCUGGCCUCGCAUUCGCGGCUUUCCUCCUGUGAGGAAGGGACGCAAGCGCAGCUUGUCAUCAUCGAACAUCUGGGCGGAUUGCACAAUACGUCCUCUCAUGACACGGACUGGGUAAUAUUCUUGUAUGCAGGACACUUCAUUCGGAUUUUAGUUGAACAUUC